UCCGCUGGGCGGCGGGCGCCGGGGCUGGAGGGGCGCGCGCCGCGGCGGCGGCCCAGCGUGUAGUCGCGAAGGCGACCAUGGCGGGCAACUUCGACUCGGAGGAACGGAGUAGCUGGUACUGGGGCCGGUUGAGCCGGCAGGAGGCGGUGGCGCUGCUGCAGGGCCAGCGGCACGGGGUGUUCUUGGUGCGGGACUCGAGCACCAGCCCCGGGGACUAUGUGCUGAGCGUCUCCGAGAACUCUCGCGUCUCUCACUACAUCAUCAACAGCAGCGGCCCGCGCCCGCCCGUGCCAGCGUCGCCCGCUCAGCCUCCGCCCGGAAUGAACCCUUCCAGACUCCGAAUAGGAGAUCAAGAGUUUGAUUCCUUGCCUGCUUUACUGGAAUUCUACAAAAUUCACUAUUUGGACACUACAACAUUGAUAGAACCGGUUUCCAGAUCCAGGCAGGGUAGUGGAGUGAUUCUCAGGCAGGAGGAGGCAGAGUAUGUGCGAGCCCUCUUUGACUUUAAUGGGAAUGAUGAAGAAGAUCUUCCCUUUAAGAAAGGAGACAUCCUGAGAAUCCGGGAUAAACCUGAAGAACAGUGGUGGAAUGCAGAGGACAGCGAAGGCAAGAGAGGGAUGAUUCCAGUCCCUUACGUGGAGAAGUAUAGACCUUCCUCCGCCUCAGUAUCGGCUCUGAUUGGAGGUAACCAGGAGGGUUCCCACCCACAGCCACUGGGUGGGCCGGAGCCUGGGCCCUAUGCCCAACCCAGCGUCAACACUCCGCUCCCUAACCUCCAGAAUGGGCCCAUUUAUGCCAGGGUUAUCCAGAAGCGAGUCCCUAAUGCCUACGACAAGACAGCCUUGGCUUUGGAGGUCGGUGAGCUGGUAAAGGUUACGAAGAUUAAUGUGAGUGGUCAGUGGGAAGGGGAGUGUAAUGGCAAACGAGGUCACUUCCCAUUCACACAUGUCCGUCUGCUGGAUCAACAGAAUCCUGAUGAGGACUUCAGCUGAGUAUAGCUCAACAGUUUUGCUGACAGAUGGGAACAAUCUUUUUUUUUUUUUUUUUUCUAUUGCCAUCUAUACAAUUUUCUACAGGUGUCAAAAGCAGUCUAGUUAAAUAUUUAGCAUUCUGUUGUUACCUGUGAUCCUUUUUAGAGUGAACUACUCCAUUCUGAUUUCAUGUAUUCAGGGUACGAAACUGGAGGGGUUGUGUGGUUAACUUCUGAGUUGGCAAUUUUUAGUGUUGGAAACCAUGCUUGUAUCAGAAGGGAUAGGUGAUUUGCCUCCUUUCUCAAGCAAUGCAGAUCAACCUGUGGAAAACGGAUGGACAGGAGAGGACUGUUACACACUGCUUACCCUGAUUUGCCCAGUGGUUUUGUUUUCAUUCUGAAACCAUACUAUCAAAUGGCAGUAGACUGUUCCCUUCCACCCCCAUGAGGUAAUCAUGCACCGUGUGAAUAGUGCCCAGUGGGAUUGCUUUUGCAUUUAUGGAACAUGACCAUUGUAUGACUCAUUCUGACAUUUCAAAUCCUGAGAAUUCUGAGAACACUACUAGAGGCAUUUGUCUUCCUUCCCAGUCAGUGCUUCAUAUUCUUUCUUGGGAUUCUUUGAACCUUUGUCAUUCUUUUCCCUCAGACCUACAAGCAGGCUGAUCCUUAAGAUAGUGUAUAUUUUCAUUCCAGAUGAUAAACAGGAUGUGCCGAGCACUUUAUUCAGUGCAUAGCUUUAAGCCAGUAUUGGAUUCACUAUGUAGACAGCCAACCUUCCAGCUCUCUGCCUUCCCCCAAGGGGUCAGUAGUGGACUCACGCUGCUGCAGCAGCUGAUGAGACUCGUGGCUGAAGGGAUCCAGCAGGGCCGUUUCUCCUGAGUGAGUGCCAUUAUCCUAGUAGGAUACUCAGAAUUCUCAGACUCUACUUGGAGUGGAAGGACCAAUGACUCAUAAUAUUCCAUGGAAGAUUUCAGGGUCAAAUUCUGCCCUCUGCAUUAUGUUCAACUUGUAUAAAAAGCAAGUUAGAAUUACAUGAGUUUGGGCAUAGGCUUAGUGUUUUGAAAAAUUUGUGAACCAAUCAUGAAUUGCAUAGGUAGUAUUCAUUUUACAUGGCCAGAAUAGUGAAGUACAUUAUACACUUCCUUCAUUUUUGGCUCAUUUUCUUUAUAUUCAGGAUUAGAUUAUAAACCUUUUUAAGUAAAAAAUGGUUUAUUUGGGGUCAGAAGCUCCAAAGAAUAGAUCUAUGAGACCAAAAAUGAUCUUGGCUAUUUAGGCUACAUCAUGAAAUGCACAGAAGUUAGUUUCCAGUUGAUAAAAGGCACUUACUGGUCUCUGAUGUGGUGUGAUAAAUAGAAUUUAACUUUGCUUUGGACCUCAUUUUUAAAAAAUAACCUAACUUUUUCAUUGUCCUACGUAAGUUAAUACACAUUUGCAUUCUCUGAACACACACCGAAUCGUGGUAUUGUAAUGACUAGUACAUUGCCUGGCCCACAACCAGUGUGCAGAUGUGUGUGAGUGGAUGGGGGAGUGCAGACGCUUGUUACUUGGCCCAGGGAAGCCAACUGGCACAGGGUUACAUACAUCAUCACAGGCGAUUUGCGAGUUGACGCUAAUUUAUUUUUACCUCACACUAAGGUAAUGCUUGAUAAAACAUUAGUACUCAACCUUUAAAAUGCUAGCACAGUGCAAUGCACAUAGUGGGUGCUGAAUAAUGUUGAAUGAACAGAUUUGCAAUGUUUAAUGGAAUUCCAUCUGACUACUUUGUUAAAUUUUCAGUUAGCAUAGAUACUGUAAAAUCCAAGUAUACAUUAAAUCCUGUUUUCCUGAAAGUAAGUCAUCUAAAAUAUUUGUAGAAGACCAUUGUUCAGCUGGUUUGAAUGUUUGUAUUUUCCUUUGCCUUUGACUUCAUUGGCUUAUAAUGUCUGUUUUCAUAAGUAAUAUUAGUAGAACAUGCAGCUCUACCCAAAUCAUAAGAAUUUCUCAGUUCUGCUUGGAUUGUCCAGAGGCAUCAUAUGAAUUGUUGGGCUGGAUUUGGCUGGUGUGGCAGAUAUUGGACCUCAAGAAAUCAAAGGACUUCUUACAAAUACCUUCCAAAAGUGCAAAUGAUAAAGUACUAUUCAAAUGCAUAUGUACAUUGUCACAGAGUAAAGUGAAAUGAAAUUGGCUGCUAUAUUUUAUAUAAUCAUUUCAGCAAAAGCCCAUUUUUUUGAAUACUAAUAUUUGACGUGUUAAUUCUUAUUAAUUUGUUGGGUUUGUUUAUUGUUAAUAAUGCAAAUAGAUAAUUUUUAAUUAUCCACAAGUAACGUUUCACUAUUAAUGGUUUGAAAUGGGUGAUAAGCAAACCAAUUUGAAAUAAAAUAUGAACAAUGUGCCAUUGUAUUAUAACACUAUACACUUUCUUGACAGUUAAAUUUUAAAAGAUGUUUUUUGUAGCAUGUAUUGUAUAUGUUUAUAGUAUAUGUAGUAAAUAAAAAUAUGGCCAAAUGUUGGCUUGGUGAUCA